UUAACCGACAUGUUCUUGGUUAUUCCAGAUGUCACUAUAAAUAAAUACUCCGUAUGAAAUAUCCAGCCGCUUAUCCCCUCCGGCGGGCACUUUUCCGGCGUCAUGAGUCUCGACAUAGCACCUCUUUUCAUUUGCAGAGCCGGUUUACUGAGGAAAAGCUGGUUCGUACGAUCAGCGAAUCCGCAUCCGCUCGGCCGGGAACCCGCGCGGCUCACUGUUCCUUCGAUUCUCACCAGGAGAUUAACGUGUGGUCGAAGAACGGUAACAAUUGCUGCUCUGAACGUGAAGGAGGAUUCCGUGACGCAGAAAAUUGCGACUCCGGUGAGAAUAGUAGCUCUUGUUGGCGAAGGUAGCGUCAGCCCUCUCAAGUCCGCUCCUUGGCAUGACGUCUUGCUCCACACCGCACAGAGGUUGAAGUGGGUUGAUGAACAGUAUGAAAUGCUUGUAUUCAGUGACAACUUUUAUCAAUCUAAUAAUGAACAUGCGAAACAUGUCGCAGAGGAAGUUAGCCGAGCAAAUAUUUUGGUGGUUGUUGCAGUUAGAAAUGAAGAAUCAGUCAAAUGGAUUCAAGCAAAUGGCCAAUUUGUCCCAAAUAUUAUAUGCUUUGAGUCAUCUGCAGCAUUAACAAAUAAGCUGGGAGGACUCAUUAUUGAAACUGAGAACAAGGGGAAUAUAUUUAGAAAAUUAGCUCCAAUUUCACAAUUGAAGAAACUAGAUGAAUCUCGGGAAGUAGUCCAAACUGUGUCUGCAGCUUGGGACAGGUAUAAUUCUGAUGACAUACGGUUUUGUCUGUUAAUUAUAAUCAAUGCUUAUAUAACCCCAGUUCCAAUACUGAAGAACCUAAGAGCAAAAGGCUUCUCUACCUUGAACUGCAUGUUGAAAAAUUGUGGGCCUCAAAUAUUGAAUUGUCUUUUGGAUCCUAACUGUAGAAAAGCACUUCAGUGUUUGAACAAGUGCAGCCCUGUAGAUCAGGUUUGCAAUUACCGAUGUAUUGCUUCAUAUGAGAGUCCAUACCUGGAAGAGUUCUCUCUUUGUGUGCUGCAGAAGAAUAACUGUCUAGAGCUGGAUGCAAAAAUCCCUGAAAAACCUUAUGUGCCUCCAAUGGUAGAAUUUCGAGGGGAGGAAUUGUGUCAUGAAACUGCCGAGGAUCUUUUUGUGGGCUGGUUGGGGAUAUCAGAAUGGAGUUGGCGCGUUGUGGCAGGGCAAAAUCCAGCCUAUGAUCAAUUUCCAUGCCAGUACCAGUUGUUUUACAGAGGAAAAGCCAGAGGGUCAUUUUGGUAUGAGCCAGUCUUUCAGGUAAGGACACUCGAGGGUAGUCUGGUCUGGAGAAGGCGAAAGUACCGAGUGAAAAGAGGAAAAGUACCAGGGACAUUUUACUUCAGUGUCUUGGAUAAUGGAGUGGUUUCGAACGAGUUCUGGACAAUCGUAGAUGUUUCUGAUGAUUUCAGCUGGGGCUUGUUUCACUAUAGUGGUGCUGCUCGAGUGGCAGGGCAAUCGUACUCCGGAGCAGUGCUAGUCAGCCCAGAUGGUUCAUAUCCAGAUGAGAAGGAACACCAGAGAUUAGUCUCGGCAUUGGAUAGGUGUUGUAUCAAAGAGUGGGAGCUAUUCACGGUUGAUAAUUGUUCAUGUCAAGAUCCACCUCUAUGGCUUCCUGAGGGAUCUAAAUUACAUUACAAGGUUGAAGUUCAGAGUAGUAAACAAUCAUCUCUUUAGGGAUCCACAUACCAUUUAACAUGGUGAUGUCUUGGCCCUGAGAUGGUUCUUUAGUUAGGAACUUAUUGCUGCUUGGCAAUUUGGCAUUCACCAAAGCGAUAUCAACCAAAUGGUCUAUUACUCCAAUGGGCGUUCUUUACCUCACACAAAAUGUUGUCCCAGGUAUUACUGUAAGUCAUUCAUUAUUUAUUUAAGCAAGCCCAAUAUGGCAAUAUGAAUUUGACAGUGUUCUAGAUACCUUCUCAUUUGUUAGAGUUUGAUCAUAAAGUAAAAUAGUAUUAUUUCGCAUUGUUGAGUACAGUUCUUAAAGGAAGAUUGUAUAGGAUGGUUUAUUGUAAUUUUUUAUUUUUAUUUUUUAAAGUGAUCUUAUAGGCAGAGUUUCUUCCCAUAAAUUGAUUAAAAAGUCAUUGUUUAAGUGUUUAA